AUGAGGUUGUUCGGAGCCGUACUGCUGGUCUUCUGCUCCGUGGUCUUCCCGGCGGCUGCGUCGUGCGACUACCCGGCGUUGUUCAACUUCGGAGACUCCAACUCCGACACCGGCGGGCUCUCGGCGGCGUUCGGGCCGGCGCCUUCGCCAAAUGGGGAGACCUUCUUCGGGCGGCCCGCCGGCCGGUACUGCGACGGCAGGCUCAUUGUCGACUUUAUCGGUGAGAUUGCCGUCGAACUCAGCGCUCUCUUCUGCUAGGUUAGAGAGAGAGAGAGCAGCCCUCUGUACCAAAGAUCACACCAACUCGGUGCUUUCUUUUGGGAUGAGAGAGAGAAAGAGAGAGCAGUUUUCUCCACCCAAUCUCACCGACGAAGUGCGAUCUUUAGACAGAGGAGAGAGACAACAGUGCUACCUUGAGAGAGAGAGAGAGAGAGAGUCACUUUUAGAACAUGUCUAAAGAGGCCGACACUUCUUGUGCGCGUCAGAUGAGCCUUUAUUCGGUGGUCCUUCCGUUUGUCGUUCCUCGGGCUCCCACCGUGGGAUUAAGAAUUCAACCGACACGAUUAAAUCAAGUCUAGUGGAUGAACGAGGGUCUCCAGUGAGCCCGAAAAACAACGGGCUAGGUUCGUUCUUUACUAGUUUUAUUUGACGUGAUCGUCUUUUGUCAGCGGAGAACCUGGGGCUGCCCUACGUCAACGCUUACCUGGACUCCGUGGGGUCAAACUUCAGCCACGGCGCCAAUUUCGCCACCGCCGGCUCCUCCAUCCGACGGCAGAACUCCAGCCUCUUCAAGAGUGGAUUCAGCCCCUUCUCCCUGGACGUGCAGUCCUGGCAGUUCUCCCAGUUCAAGGCCAGAUCACAGCUGGCCCGCCAGCAAGGUGCUCUCCUUCUCCUCACCAACUCCUCAAUCCGCUCCCCUCCGUCGUCUUCUUCCCUGACUAUGCGGCCUCCCUUUGCAGGCUCUGUGUUCCGCCGCCUGCUCCCAGAGGAGGGCGCCUUCUCAACCGGCCUGUACACCUUCGACAUUGGAAUGAACGACCUCACCUCGUCCUUCUUCUCCAACCAGACUGUGGAGCAAGUCCUGGCCGGCAUCCCCCAGAUCCUCAACGAGUUCGCCACGGCGGUCAAGGUCCACUGCGUCGUCAAUCUCUUCGUGGUUGCCAGUGUGAGGCGCUUACCCUGUGGCAACCUUGCAGAGCGUCUACGGACACGGCGGGAGGUACUUCUGGAUCCACAACGCCGGGCCCUUCGGCUGCCUGGCCUACGUGCUCGAGAGGCUCCCCGUGAAGCCGGAAGAGGUCGACCCAGCCGGCUGCGCCGCACCCUACAACGCCGUGGCGCAGGCAUUCAAUGAGCAGCUCAAGGCAACCGUGGUGCACCUCCGCCAGGAACUCCCCUCUGCCGCCCUCACGUACGUCGACGUCUACGCCGCCAAGUACUCUCUCAUCAGCAAUCCCCCGCCGGAGAGCGGUAAGUCAGUCUCAGUCUCCCUCCCUCCGCCGGCUGCUCUCCGCAGGGCCUGAUUCCCUUAACACCGCCGCCGCCGCCGGCAACCUGCCCGCACAGGAUUCACCCAGCCACUUGUAGCCUGCUGUGGCCACGGGGGCAGGUACAAUUACAGCCCAGGGAUCGGCUGCGGCGCCGAGCAGAUGGUGAAUGGUACGCGCAUGGUGCUCGGGUGCUCAUGUGCCGACCCCUCGCGGCGGAUCAUAUGGGACGGCGUUCACUACACGGAGGCCGCCAACCGGUGGGUCUUCGACCAGAUCUCCGGGGGCGCAUUCUCCGACCCGCCGCUGCCCCUCCGCAUGGCUUGCACCCAGCGGCCUCCUGUUUCGUGA